AUGUCAAAGAUUAUUCUUAUACCUAGUAAUAUACCGCAAGAAUUCCCUGAGGCAUCUAUAUCUAACCCGGAGAGAUUAAGAAUCCUUGCCCAAGUGAAAGACUUUAUUCCUCACGAAUCCACCAUAGUCAUAGAUAAAGUACCCACAAUUACGUCUGAACAAUCUACUUAUAUCAAUAUUUGCAUCUUCAACUUAUUGGAAGCGUGUUCAAGUAGGGUUUUGGUUCCAGGAACAUUGGUCAACAUAGACGCGUUUUAUGACGGAGAGAGUAUAAAUCCUGUAGAUAUAUAUGAAGUCAAUGGUGCCAAUUUUACUAUGGAAAAUAUCCAGUUGAUUGAUGAAAUGAAUAACUCAAUAGGAAAAUUUAAUUGA